AUGAGGUGCAAUGGGAUCGUUUUCUUUGCUGUUGCACCCAUAUCCUCGCUGAGUCGACGCAGCACAACUAUAGGUGCCGCCGCACGCGCCCAAUCUGCACCAAAGGCACCAGCGGUGAGCGAGAAGGCGCGAAGCCGCGACGCUGACCCCGCUGGAUUUUUUCGCUUUGCUGCGCCCGCUGUAGUUCAUGUGCACACUCUUCCACGGGGAAAAACUUCUGUUAGGCGAAAACAGGGGACGCACCGCGUGGCCGCCUCCACCGCUUCGCCACCGCAGUCGAAGCCUAAUGAAUACAGAAGAAACGUCAGUGCCACUGCCACCCCCAGCAGCAACAGUUCUGGCGGAACGGCAGUCGAAAAAACACCUCUACGUUCACAGGGCCGUUACUUGACUCCCGCAGCGGUCAACCUGCCGGUGAGUCAAGACGGUGCGUGUGUUGCUGGCAAUGUCUCCGCCACGAAAAGUCAGAAAAAUGGCGCUGCCCCCCUAAAGUUGGCGAAUAUGCGUAUUAUUCGCCUGUGCUGA